AUGGGGUUUUAUCAGCCCCUGGCUAGGUUUCCAGUUUCCAAACCCUCUGUGAACUCCCCGCUGGAAGGAGGGGAAGAGCCGUGGGUCCUGGAUCUCCAGGGUUCAGAGGAAAACGAGAUCCUGAGAAGUCCCUGGACAGCAGGUGAUGGGGUGGUGAGGGAGAUCGAGGAGCAGAAUCUUCACCAGGAAGAUGCUGAGCUUGCUGAAGCACAUGGGGAAUUACUGCGAAGCUCCAAAGGGAGUGUGUCCAGCCCCUGUGAGCAGGGAAAAGCUGGUGAAAGUUACCACAGACCAGAGAGAGAGCAGGGAAACCACUCAGAGGAGAGAGUGGAUGAACCCAUUAAUUGUCAGGGAACUCACACGGACCUCAAGGAAACUACAUCCCAGGAGAAAAUCCUCACGGAAAAGCGAGAGAAUACAUGUAGUGAGUGUGGGAAAAACUUCAAUUACCGCUCAGCCCUUAUUCGACAUGAGAUAAUCCACACAAAAGAGAGACCUUACGAAUGCUGUGAGUGUGGGAAAAGCUUCAAUCAUCCCUCAGCCCUUAGUAGGCAUCAACGAAUACACAGAGGAGAGAGACCCUAUGAAUGCUGUGAGUGCGGGAAAAGUUUCACUCAGAGAUAUACCCUUAACUCUCAUCAGAGAAUCCACACAGGAGAGCGACCCUUCAAAUGCUGCAACUGUGGGCUAAGCUUCACUCAGAGAUCAGCCCUUAUCUCUCAUCAGACAAUGCACACGGGAGAGCGACCCUACGAAUGCUGCGAGUGUGGAAAAAGCUUCUCUCGGAGCUCAAACCUUACUAUACAUCAGCGGAUCCACACAGGCGAGAGACCCUAUGAAUGCCGUGAGUGCGGGAAACGUUUCACUCACUUCUCUUCCCUUAUCUCUCAUCAGACAACGCACACAGGAGAGCGACCCUACGAAUGCUGCGAGUGUGGAAAAAGCUUCUCUCGGAGCUCAAACCUUACAAUGCAUCAGCGGAUCCACACAGGAGAGAGACCCUAUGAAUGCAGUGAGUGCGGGAAACGUUUCACUCACCUCUCCUCCCUUAUCUCUCACGAGAGAGUCCACACGGGAGAGAAACCCUAUAAAUGCAGUGAGUGCGGGAAAAGCUUCUCUCAGAAUUCAACCCUUAUUACACAUUACAGAAUCCACACUGGGCAGAGACCCUAUGAAUGCUGCGAGUGUGGGAAAAGCUUCAGUCAUAGUUCAGGCCUUUCUAAACAUCAGAGAAUCUGUAAAGGAGAUAAACUUCAUAAAAAUCUUCUCUAGAGCUGUCAAGAUUUUUUUUUUUCUUUAAUUCUUUUAACAGUUCCCAGGUAGUGAGUGUUAAGGCUGUUUGCAUCUUUUGCUCACUGUAGUCCCUCAGCUCCCACACAUGAGUUGCCCACUUUUGAAGCUCGCCCGUCUUUGGGGUGGAUCCUGUGGCCCUUUCUAUCAACUCCAUUGUCCUGCGAGUCAUGGGAGUGGGUGUCCUUUCUACCAGGAAUGUCCGUCACCCCACGUGGGGGAGAUGGGGGGUGUCUUCAACCAGCCACGUUGAGAUAAAAUCUAUCUGGUCUCAUCACUGUGGUUGCCAUUGAGUUAGUUAGCUGAGUUCACUUUCCUGAUGUAAAAAGAUAGCUAUUCUUGCAGUAAAGACAUGGGCUAUGGAUAGUGAGUGGGGUAAAAAGACAGCUAUUCUUGCAGUAAAGACAUGGGCUAUGGAUAGUGAGUGGGGUAAAAAGACAGCUAUUCUUGCAGUAAAGACAUGGGCUAUGGAUAGUGAGUGGGGU